UUUAGACGAACCAGUUCCGGCUGCCAUCUUUUUUAUCUGGUUGGUAGAAAAAAUCAAAUCUCAACAUGACAGAUGUAGAAAAACUUACAAGUCCUGAUACAAAGACAAGGCAGGUGAUUUAUACUCCGAAGUAUGAUGCUAGGUUUCCCAACCAGAACUCAAACAAGAUGUGCUGGCAAUACUAUGUGGAUUACCAUCGCUGUGUAAGGAAAAUGGGAGAAGAAUAUGAUGGAUGCAUGUACUUCAAGCAGGCCUAUACAAGCCUUUGCCCAUCUGAUUGGGUUGAAAGAUGGGAUGAACAACAGGAGAAAGGAUUCUUUGCAUGUCGUAUCAUGGAUAAAUAAACGGAAUGUGUGUUAGAUUUGGACAUUGAUUUUUGAAUAUUGUCAAGGUUCACUGAUUGUAAACUUGUGUUACAUUAAAUAUAAAUAAAA